UCCGGACGGAGAGACUGAGAGACGCAGCUCUCCUUCCCUCUCCAUCGUCUUCCUCUUCUUCCUCUCUUUCCUCCUCUUCAUCUCCUCCUUCAGUCCAAAACCAAAACUCUCCUCUCCUCUUCUUACGGACGGAGAGACAGAGAGACGCUCUCUCAUCUUCCUCUCCUUCUCCUUCUCCCAAACUCUUCUUCCUCUUCUCUCUCUGUCUUCUCUCCUUCGACGGACACAUCUAAGGUUCUCGGCCUUCCUCAUCUUCAUCUUCCUCAAACAGCGAGCCCCCCUGACCCCUCGCCCCCCCACCACCGCAUCACCAUGGCAACGGUCAUCUGCACCCGUUUCACCGAAGAAUAUCAGAUGUACGAGGAGCUGGGAAAGGGAGCGUUUUCAGUGGUGCGCCGCUGUGUGAAGGUGCUGUCGGGUCAGGAGUACGCCGCCAAGAUCAUCAACACCAAGAAGCUCUCUGCCAGAGAUCAUCAGAAGUUGGACCGUGAAGCUCGAAUCUGCCGUUUGCUGAAACACUCCAACAUCGUCCGGCUACAUGACAGCAUUUCGGAGGAGUUGCAUCAUUACCUCAUCUUCGACCUGGUAACAGGAGGAGAGUUAUUUGAAGAUAUUGUAGCCAGAGAAUAUUACAGUGAAGCUGACGCCAGUCACUGUAUCCAGCAGAUUUUGGAGGCGGUGCUGCAUUGUCACCAGAUGGGCGUUGUCCACCGAGACCUGAAGCCAGAGAACCUGCUGUUAGCCUCCAAGUCGAAAGGAGCGGCGGUGAAGCUGGCCGACUUCGGGCUCGCCAUCGAGGUGGAGGGAGACCAGCAGGCCUGGUUCGGCUUUGCGGGAACUCCCGGUUAUCUGUCUCCGGAGGUUUUGAGGAAGGAUCCGUACGGCAAAGCAGUCGACCUCUGGGCCUGUGGUGUGAUUCUCUACAUCCUGUUGGUGGGUUAUCCUCCGUUCUGGGAUGAAGAUCAGCAUCGUCUCUACCAGCAGAUUAAAGCUGGAGCUUACGAUUUCCCGUCUCCGGAGUGGGACACGGUGACUCCUGAAGCCAAAGAUCUCAUUAAUAAGAUGUUGACCAUCAAUCCUUCCAAAAGGAUCACAGCAGCCGAAGUGCUCAAACACCCCUGGAUCUCUCAUCGCUCCACCGUGGCGUCCUGUAUGCACAGACAGGAGACGGUUGAGUGUCUGAAGAAGUUCAACGCCAGGAGGAAACUCAAGGGAGCCAUCCUGACCACCAUGUUGGCCACCAGGAAUUUCUCCGGAGGAAAGAGUGGAAACAAAAAGGCCGACGGAGUCAAGGAAUCAUCUGAGAGCACAAACACCACCAUUGAGGAUGAAGACACCAGAGUGAGGAAGCAGGACAUCAUUAAAGUCACGGAGCAGCUCAUCGAGGCGAUCAGCAACGGAGACUUUGAGAGCUACACUAAGAUGUGCGACCCGGCUGUGACGGCGUUCGAGCCCGAGGCGUUGGGGAAUCUGGUCGAAGGCCUCGACUUCCACCGCUUUUAUUUUGAAAACUUGUGGUCUAAGAACAGUAAACCGGUCCACACCACUAUCCUGAACCCCCACAUCCACCUGGUGGGGGAGGACGCGGCCUGCAUCGCUUACAUCAGAGUGACUCAGUACAUCGACGCCAACGGGACGCCUCGCACCGCCCAAUCAGAGGAGACCAGGGUCUGGCAUCGCCGCGAUGGGAAGUGGCAGAUCGUCCACUUCCACCGCUCAGGCGCCGCCUCCACGCUCAGCAACUGACUUCCAGAGUGGGCGGGUCUUUGAUCGGGCCACCGUCGCCUUGACAACUGAUUGAUUGACAGCAGGCCAGGCGUGUGACAUCAGACAGGAAGUGUUGAGAUUUUGGAGACAAGGGGCGGGGCCAGACAGCAACGAACUGCACCAUCAACCAAUCAGCUUCUUCUCAAUCAGCUCCCCUUUGGACUUCGGCCACGCCCCCUUUGUGAUCAGCCAAUCAGAUGCCCAGAUUCUACAGAGAUGUGGAAACCUCUCACUGCCAGUUUUCUGUUUUUGGGGUAACUUUGACUUUUAGGAUCACGAGGUUUUUAAGUUUAACAAAGACUCGCCCUGAAUUUGAAUUUAAAGCUUUAUUAGCAAAGAAAAACAAAACAGAAACUGGAGAAACGAGGUUUCCACCUGAAAUAACUUCAUACAGAGACCACGAGUCGCCAUGGUAACUGAUUAUUAUUAGACCCUCGUUAUCUCGUCAUCACAACACACACACACACACACAGAGACACACACACACACACACACACACACACAGACAGACACACACACACAGAGACACACACACACACACACACACACAGAGACAGACACACACACACAGAGACACACACACACACACCAAACAUAUAUCUAAUGGUUGUAGUUUUGACCCUAAAGUGACUCUGUAUUUGGUAAAAGAUGGAAUAAUAAAGAGGAUAAUUUGGGUCUAAAAGUGAUCAGAACCGGCAGCGUCUCUGAGCAUCAGAACCCGUUCAGGAAAUGAAGUUUUGGCGUUCCCGUCUCUCCUUCCAUCGGGCUCGCAGAGCGCCACAAUCUUCCAACGCUCUCCGGCCACAGAUCUUCCACAGACCGCCGACCGCCACGUUUCACCGUCAGAAGAUCUGCUCGCUCUGACUAA